AUGGCAGCAAAGAAACCAUGGAGAAUCAUUCCGAGACCCCUCCUAGAAACCAUCCUCAACAACCACGCGCAGAGCACCACCGAGUCCCCCAACCCCUCCUCCUUCACGGCCCCGCAGGCGCAACCUGGGCACAUCACCCGGCCCGUGGGCCUCUUGGUCCACCUCGUCCUCGGCCCGCCUCUCCGAUUGCCGCAAAAUCUUGGAGCAUUGCGUGGAGUCCAUGGUCGAGAAGGGUGUCGGCCGCAGGAACCAUCACCUCCCAACAAAUAUUCACUACUCUCAACAAAUGGCACGGCCUCACCGCCGCCCUUCGCCACGUGCCUUGCGAGCAAGUCCCAUGCUUCGGACCGGGCUUCCUCGCAGCCGCUAUGGGAACGUGCCGUAUUCGCCAUGUCCAGGGAAUGUACCACGGCCGAGGUUGGUCGGAUUUUGGGAUUUGGGGAGAAUGAGAAGAAUGGCUUGUCCUUUGAGGAGGCUUCUUACAUGAAGGAAUCGGCUGCGGCACCGAAGUUGGCGAAGAAGAUAAUAGCGCUUCAUCAAGGGUGGAGGGCAAAUGCCAUUACUCACAUGAAUCGCACCGGCAUGUUCUCCGGGACUUUGACGCAUUCUUGUACCGAUUGGCCUUGCUUGUUGUUGGAGUUCUUGUCACAAGUCGCUGAAAUUGACCAUUUUCGGCCAAAGCCGGUUAUCAACAAUAUUGAAGUUCUAAAGCAUGCCACUCGAAAAUUCCGAGUCAAUAGUCAGUGGACCCCUAUAUCAUGA